AUGAAGAAAUUAUUAAAAUCUAGAUUUCUUCCUCCUAAUUAUGAACAGGUUUUAUAUCACUAAUAUCAAAAUUAUAAAUAGGGAAGUAGAUCUAUCACAGAAUAUACUGAGGAAUUUUAUAGAUUGUCUUUAAGAGUUGAUUUGACUAAAUCUAAAUCUUAUAUAAUCUAUAGAUUUAAAAGUGGACUUCAAUGGGAUAUUGAAGAAAAGGUUACUUUACAAUCAUUUUUCAAGUUAAAUGAUGUUAUUAUGGCAUUAAAAUGUGUUGAAGCCUUAUUAGAUAAAGAAAAAUUUAGAACUCGAAAUUCUACUAAUGUGUCGACGUUUCAAUUAAAUAGGUCAAGACCAGUACAUAUUUCAUCUACUAUCAAUAAUAGAAGAUCGGCAACCUUAGUUGCACCAAGACCAAGUGAAUAUAUUCCUAGUGGGCAAAACUCUUUUCAAAGGAAUCCAUAUGUACCUAACUCUAUUGCAAAAUAUUACAGAUGUAAUGAAGAAGGUCACAAAUCAAAUACUUGUCCAAAACAUGGUGCUGUGAAUUUCACCAAAGUUAUAGAUGAAGAUGAAAUUGAGAGUGCAGAAGAUUAGGAAGAAAUCCAAGAGAAUGUUAUUGAAAGCAAAGAAGAAGAACCCUUUGCUCACUCCUUAGUCAUUCGAAGGCUAAUGUAUGCACCAAAGAAGGAAGAACCUCUACAACGUCAUAAUGUUUUCAUAACAAAAUGUACUAUUGAUGAGAAGGUAGGUGAUGUGAUUAUUGAUUCUGACAAUAGUGAAAAUAUUAUUUCUUCUUUGAUGGUACAGAAAUUGGGGUUGAAAACUGAAAAACAUCAACAUCUAUAUAAAAUUGAGUAGAUAAAGAAGAAUUAUGAAACUAGAGUUAUGGAGAUUUAUUUAGUUAAGUUCUCAAUAGGAAAAGUUUAUUUUGAUGAAAUUUAUUGUGAUGUUGUUGAGAUGGAUGACUGUCAUCUAAUUUUUAGUAGAUCAUGGCAAUAUGAUUUAGAUGCAACUCACCUAGGUAGAAAUAAUCAUUAUGGUUUUUACAAAAAUAGUGAGAAGUUUGUUUUAUGUCUAAUAAAAGAAAAUGAAUUUUUCAACACAAUUAAAGAAAAGAAGAAACAAGUUAUGAUGAUUGACAAAAAUGAACUUUUUAAUACUUUGAAAGAAAAUUCUGAAGUAUUUAUGUUGAUUAAAAAAGAUGAUGUUUCUUUGCAUGAUUCUUGUAUUAUACCUAAGGCAGCAUAGAAUAUGUUAAAUGAGUUUUUUAUCAUACAAUAUUCUUCUAUAACUUUUCCUCCACUCAGGGACAUACAACAUCAUAUAGACUUGAUUCUUGGAACAAGUUUAUCAAAUUUACCUCAUUACAGAAUGAGCCCUAAGGAGAAUAAUAUUUUACAAGAACAAGUUUAAGAAUUAUUAGAGAAAGGAUUAAUUCGUGAAAGUAUGAGUCCAUGCUCAAUACCUACAUUAUUAGUUCCAAAAAAAGAUGGAACCUGACAAAUGUGUAUAGAUAG